AAACACUCAGGCUCAGUCACGUGAGGCCGCAUUCACGUGACCGCCUUCCCAUCUUUCCCGGAAGCACGUGUUUUUCCCCCAGCAGAAAAGGAAACAAUGGAGGAAGAGGAAGAGGAAGAGUGGCUUUUCGAGUCUUUGAGGCUGUACAACGACCUCCAUGUGUUUGAGCUUCAGGAUCCCACCAGAGUCAUCGAGUGGACAGGAGAAAAACGUGUCUGUGUCGCUGGAUAUGGGAACGGGAGAAGGAAUGAGAUCCUCCAGCUUGUUUUGCCUCCAAGGCUGUGUGCCAAGGAGAACCAGGGAUUGUGUCCGGAAAGAGACUUCAAGGUGGAGCACGGAGGGUUUUCGGAUCGCCCCGUGUUCAGUCUGAAGCAUGUGCCAAGAACCAGUUUACUUUUGACAAGCGGACCUCCCGACAAUGCGCUUCAGGUUUGGCGCAUGGAGCCGGAUGAGACAGAUGUCAUGAAGCCCGUGACCAGCAUCCCUACCAAGCCGGGAGGAGAGGAUGGUUGGGCAAAGAUGGCCACUACCUCCGGGAAACCCUCCCGGGUCCUCCAUGGGACAAGAACGGACAACGUCCAGGUGACAGACAUCGAAACCAAGCAGACCCUCUUCAUGGCAGCCUCCGUGAACAGCGAAGGGAUCUCGACCCUGGCUUUCCUGGACGAAGCCACGGCCCUGGCCUGCAGCACAAAGGGGCAGCUCUUCCGUGCGGACACCCGGCAAGCCUCGAAUCUCUUGACCACGGUUGGGCAACAGCCGGAAACAUCGGCACCGGGAGAGCAGAGCUGGUGCGCGGCCGUCCGGAGGUGCCAGGCGGACGCUUCGGCCACGGAUGACCCCCUGAUCGCCCGCCUCUCCUCUUCCGGGCGCGUGGUUUUGACGGACCUCAGGGACACGGCCAACACCCUGGCCACGGCUCAGUGUUGCGGACCCACAUCCGGCCUCCAUGGGGCAGAUUUCCUCUCCGUCUCCUUUGCGCCCCUCCUCAGGGGAUGCCUCUCCGUCUCGGGCUUUGAUGGCACUGUCCGCAUCUACGAUACACGCCACUGGGACCCUUUGAUGCCGGAAGAAGCCAAGCCGCUGUUCCUCCACAAAGGACACCUCUUGAGCGGCGCCCGUGACACGGAGACCCCGCCUUGGGUGACAGCCCACACCUGGCACCCCUCCAGGCCACGGACUUUGCUCUCGGCCGCCAGCGACGGGUCACUCCAUGCGUGGGACUGGGCAGACCCCCCAGCAGGGAGGUAGCGGUCAUGGCUGUCACCUUUGCGGACAUUGCCUUGUAAGGUUAUAUCAUUACUAGCAUGUAUACCAUGUUAGUGUUUUUGCGAUAUUGAGUGAAAUGUUUAAUCUAUUGUUGCUGUGGAAAUGUGUGCGUUCGUUCCGGCAAGCAUUCCAGCCGUCAAGAGGUUAAUUGCAGCGAGCCUUGAUUGAUUGCUGGAAGGGCAAAUGGCAAAGACUUCCGUUUGUGCUACGUGACAGGAAGAUACAUCGCAGGCUGUGGAAUGCAGAGGAGGUGCUUCAGUGCACUGUGAGCGGACUUUGAGAGAGACGGAUUGUUCCAUGUGUGAUCUUGUGGAUGCAACAUGUGUCCUGAUAGCUCUGGGAUUUAGCACUGUAAAUAAUGUAAAUAAAGCUUCAGUGCCGCUGAGUUUCAGCAGAUAUAAAUCA